AUGAAUGAAACUACAGACAAACUUAACUCUUCUCUCAUUCUUCCUUUCAGUAAGGACUAUGAGUUCUGUUCAAAUGGCGUUUAUUUCUAUUGUGGAAAGAUGGGGUCAGGAAAGACAUUUAAUCUCAUUCGUCAUAUACUCAUAACAGAACGUUUAGGAAAUGACUCAUAUUAUGACCAAAUCAUUAUAUCAGCAACUUCAGACUCUAUGGACUCAACAGCGAAAACAUUUAUGUCAAAAGUUCAAGCCUCUGUCGUUAAAGUUCCAGACAGUGAACUCAUUGAAUUUCUUCAACGUUACAUUCGACGUAAGAGGAAAUAUUAUGCCAUCGUUGAAUUUAUACAGUCAGGAAUGCAAAAGACUUCAGAAGAGAUGGAAAGAAUUAUUGACAAACACCACUUACGUCAAUACUCAGGAGUUUACGAUAUGAAACGACUGACAAACUACAUUCUAUCAAAACUUUCAAAAUACCCCUUCAAAAAAUAUCCAUCAAACACUCUGCUCGUUUGUGACGACUUCGCCGGAAAAGGUUUAGUGUCAAAACCAGACUCACCAUUAGCUAACAUCAUUACUAAAGUCAGACAUUACCAUUUAACUGUAGCAAUACUUAUGCAAACAUGGAGGUUUUUAGCUUUAAACAUAAAACGUCUCAUAACUGACUUCGUUAUCUUUCAAGGUUUCUCACGCUAUGAUAUUGAACUCAUUUGGAAACAGUCAGGUAUAACAUUACCUUUUGAAGAAAUUUGGGAAGCAUAUAAGUCUCUCAUCUCUCCUC